AUGCCGGCGUGGGCGCGCCGUGGCGGCCGGCUGCCGCUGCUCGUUGUUUUUUCAGCAAUGAUAUUUGAGACUAUUACAAAUCAAGAUCUGCCUGUGAUCAAGUGUGUUUUAAUCAAUCAUAAGAACAAUGAUUCAUCACUGGGGAUAUCAUCAUCGUAUCCCAUGGCGUCAGAACCCCCAGAAGACCUCGGGUGCGCCUUGAAGCCUGAGAGCACAGAGGGGGUCUAUGGAGCAGCGGCUGUGGAAGUGGACAUGUUGGCAUCCAUCACACUGCAAGUACUGGUCAACACCCCAGGGAACAUUUCCUGUCUCUGGGUCUUUAAACACAGCUCCCUGAAUUGCCAGCCACACUUUGAUUUACAAAACAGAGGAGUUGUUUCCAUGGUCAUUUUGAAAAUGACAGAAACCCAAGCUGGAGAAUACCUACUUUUCAUUCAGAGUGAAGCUAUUAAUUACACAAUAUUGUUUACAGUGAGUAUAAGAAAUACACUGCUUUACACAUUAAGGAGACCUUACUUUAGAAAAAUGGAAAAUCAGGAUGCCCUGGUCUGCAUAUCUGAGAGCGUUCCAGAACCGACCGUGGAAUGGGUGUUCUGCGAUUCACAGAGUGAAAGCUGUAAAGGGGAGAGUCCAGUUGUUGUUACAAAGGAGGAAAGUGUACUUCAUGAACUGUUUGGAACAGAUAUAAGGUGCUGCGCAAGAAACGAGCUGGGCAGGGAGUGUACCAAGCUGUUCACAAUAGAUCUAAAUCAAACGCCUCAGACCACACCGCCACAGUUGUUUCUGAAAGUAGGCGAACCCUUAUGGAUAAGGUGCAAAGCUGUUCAUGUAAACCAUGGAUUCGGACUCAGCUGGGAGCUAGAAAAUAAAGCACUGGAGGAGGGCAGCUACUUUGAGAUGAGUACCUAUUCCACAAACAGAACUAUGAUACGGAUUCUGUUUGCUUUUGUAUCAUCAGUGGGAAGAAACGACACUGGCUAUUACACUUGCUCCUCUUCAGAACAUCCCAGUAAAUCAGCUUUGGUUACCAUCAUAGAAAAGGGAUUUAUUUUUUUUUUUUUUUUUAGUGAAGAUUAUGAGAUUGACCAGUAUGAAGAGUUUUGUUUUUCUGUCAGGUUUAAAGCAUACCCACAAAUCAGAUGUACAUGGACCUUCUCUCAAAAAUCGUUUCCUUGUGAGCAAAGUGGCCUUGAUGAUGGGUACAGCAUAUCUAAGUUUUGCAACCAUAAACACCAGCCAGGAGAAUAUAUAUUCCAUGCAGAAAAUGAUGAUGCCGAAUUCACAAAAAUGUUCACGUUGAACAUAAGAAGGAAACCUCAGGUGCUAGCCAAGACAUCAGCAAGUCAGGCUUCGUGUUCCUCUGAUGGCUACCCCUUACCAUCUUGGACCUGGAAGAAGUGUUCAGACAAGUCUUCCAACUGCACAGAGGAGAUCACAGAAGGAAUUUGGAAUAAAAAGGCUAACAGAAAAGUGUUCGGACAGUGGAUAUCAAGCAGCACCCUUAACAUGAGUGAAGCCAUGAAGGGAUUCCUGGUGAAGUGCUGUGCCUACAAUUCCCUUGGCACAUCUUGUGAAACAAUCCUUUUAAACUCAUCAGGGCCCUUCCCUUUCAUCCAAGACAACAUCUCCUUCUAUGCAACAGUCGGGCUUUGUCUUCCCUUCAUUGCCGUUCUAACCAUGCUCAUUUGUCACAAGUACAAAAAGCAAUUUAGGUAUGAAAGCCAGUUGCAAAUGGUACAGGUGACCGGCUCUUUGGAUAAUGAGUACUUCUACAUUGAUUUCAGAGAAUAUGAAUAUGAUCUCAAAUGGGAGUUUCCAAGAGAAAAUUUAGAAUUUGGGAAGGUGCUGGGAUCAGGUGCUUUCGGAAAAGUGAUGAAUGCAACAGCUUACGGAAUUAGUAAAACUGGAGUCUCAAUCCAGGUGGCAGUCAAAAUGCUGAAAGAAAAGGCUGACAGUUCUGAAAGAGAGGCUCUCAUGUCCGAACUCAAAAUGAUGACUCACCUGGGAAACCACGAGAAUAUCGUGAAUCUGCUGGGAGCAUGCACACUGUCAGGACCAAUUUACUUGAUUUUUGAAUAUUGCUGCUAUGGUGAUCUUCUCAACUAUCUAAGAAAUAAAAGAGAAAAAUUUCACAGGACAUGGACAGAGAUUUUCAAGGAACACAAUUUCAGUUUUUACCCCACUUUCCAAUCACACCCAAAUUCCAGUAUGCCUGGUUCAAGAGAAGUUCAGAUACACCAGGACUUGGAUCAUAUCUCAGGGUUCAAUGGGAAUUCAUUUCAAUCCGAAGAUGAAAUUGAAUAUGAAAACCAAAAAAGGCUGGAGGAAGAAGAGGACUUGAACGUGCUGACAUUUGAAGACCUUCUUUGCUUUGCAUAUCAAGUUGCUAAAGGAAUGGAAUUUCUGGAAUUUAAGUCGUGUGUUCACAGAGACCUGGCAGCCAGGAACGUGCUCGUGACCCAUGGGAAAGUGGUGAAGAUCUGUGAUUUUGGACUGGCCCGGGAUAUUAUGAGUGACACCAACUAUGUUAUCAGGGGCAAUGCUCGUCUGCCUGUAAAGUGGAUGGCUCCUGAAAGCUUAUUUGAAGGGAUCUACACCAUAAAGAGUGACGUCUGGUCAUAUGGAAUAUUACUCUGGGAGAUAUUCUCACUCGGUGUCAAUCCUUACCCUGGUAUUCCGGUUGACGCUAACUUCUAUAAACUCAUUCAAAGUGGAUUUAAGAUGGAUCAGCCAUUUUAUGCUACGGAAGAAAUAUACUUUAUAAUGCAAUCCUGCUGGGCUUUUGACUCAAGGAAAAGGCCAUCCUUCCCCAAUCUAACUUCAUUUUUGGGAUGUCAGUUGGCGGAUGCAGAAGAAGCGAUGUAUCAGAACACGGAUGGCCACAUCUCGGACCGUCCUUCUGUCUACCAAAACAGGCGACCUUACAGCAGAGAGGUGGAUUCAGGGCUCCUGGUUCCACAGGCUCACGUUGAAGAUUCCUAG